AUGGCCGCGCCUGUUUUUGUUAUUUUGGGCGGGUGUGCAGCGUGCAUCGCGCGACGUAGACGCCAGAUUGGGUGGGACGUCGGUCGAUGGGGAGACACAGACGAGCAGGGCGACACUAUAAAUGGAGCCUGUCCAACGAGCAUUGCUUUUUUUGGACGGAAGGGCGAGAGAUGGGGGAGGGGGCAGCAGGCGGGCAGGCGGGCAGACGGGCGGACAAGAAUAGUACGAGGGAGAGAGAGCGAGUGGGAGAGCGGUCGACUGUCAGAAGGCCGGCGGCCGGCCGACCGUGGUGCUACAUGGAUGCCGUUGGUGGUGGUGGUGGUGGUGGUGUGUUGGAAGAGGAAGAAGCCAAAAUGGCAACGCUGUGGAUAUUGGGGAUGUCUGUCGGACUCAUUCAUACAUGGCCGGGCAGGUGCGCUAGUCCAAAAGGAGAGUCUACUUGCAGAUGGAAGGAAGGAGAGGACGUGCAGGGAGGAGCGGAGACGAUCGAGGGAAGGUGCGAUGCUCAGAAGGAAAAAGGUGGUGAGCGACGAGGACGAGGAAAGAGCGGCCCUGCGCUUAUUGGUUCCGGGACGAGUGGGUCGAGACGAAAAGAGCAGACAGUCGAGCUCUCCUGCUCGAAAUAGAACGCAGGCUUCAAGCUCGACGGUCUUCAAGCAGGCCGCUCUUGCCGCUGACUGGUUCAAGCUAUGA